ACUAGCCAGGCGUUUGCUAUACCUUCAACAUCCGGUUUGGGAAUCUUGAUGUUUUAUGUAAUAUUUGUGUAAAUGAUAAAGACAGCAAAAUUAUUAACAGAAGACUUAAAAACUAAAUAAAAAUAGAAAUGAGUGCUCUCUUAGAUGAAACAGAGGAUGUGGCCCUAAAUUUUGGUGAAGAAGAAGAGAUCCUUGCCUCAAGAAGAAAAUAUUUAAAACAUCCAAUUGCAGUGACAUUCCAUCUUACUUUUCGCAUUCUAGCUUUAUUAACUUAUUUAUUUUGUGGAUUAUUUAGUCCAUCUUUUAUAACUAACUUCGUCUUGAUUAUGGUAUUAUUAUCGAUGGAUUUCUGGACAGUAAAAAAUAUAUCUGGUAGAUUAUUGGUUGGUCUUCGGUGGUGGAAUCAUGUAGACGAUCAAGGUAAAAGUCAAUGGAUAUUUGAAUCUCGAAAGGGAGUCGAUAGGAAAAAGAUAUCUACUUUGGAAAGUAACAUCUUUUGGAUAGCAUUAGUAGCUUCCCAAAUUAUUUGGGUAUUAUAUCUUAUAGGAUCCUUAUUCACAUUGAAUCUUAAAUGGAGUAUGGUGGCAUGUGUCGGAAUAGGCCUAAAUGGUGCUAAUCUUUACGGAUUUAUUCAAUGUAAAAUAGGCUCAAAAAAGAAACUGUCAACAGCCGCAACAAAUUUCUUGGGCCAGCAGGUCUUUCAAUCAAUUAUGUCGCGACGAACUACGACAAGAGUUGAAGAUAUCUAG